GCCCCCCAACAAGAACAACGCAAGGAAAUGUCAAUGGUACCGCCAAAAUAUAUAGAAUGCUGAAAUAUUCAACAAAAAAAAAUAACUCAACGCGAUAUUAAAUUACAAAUAACAUUUUAUAUUUUUAUUUUAUAUUUAAUUUAAUGAAAUAAAUGCUGAAAUGGAUAAGCAAUGUUUUUUGUGCAAAUCCAAAGCAAAAGAUGAAGUCAAAUUUGGUGAAUUCAUGACCCGUGGCAAAAUCUCUGUGCACUAUUUUUGUUUGCUCCUGAGUUCAAAUUUAAUGCAAAAUGGUCGAGACGACGAAGGUUUAUUGGGAUUUAUGCCGAAAGACAUCCAAGAGGAAGCAAAUAGAGUCAAGCCGUUGAUGUGUUACUAUUGCAAGAAACCCAGUGCUAACAUAUCGUGCUGUGCUUCCAAAUGCUACAAGUCAUUCCAUUUAACGUGCGGCGAGAAAAAUAGUACGGAACAUAAUUUUGUUGGGACGUUCAAGUCUUUUUGUCAUCAUCAUGUUAAGGGAAAGAAAGUCACUCCACCAUUGCCAGACGAAAAAUGUUGCAUUUGCUAUGACUAUAUACUAGGUCAGGGUAAGAAAUUCGAUACUGUGAACAUGAUUCGAGCUCCUUGUUGUAAAAAUGGCUGGUUCCAUAAAUAUUGUUUGGCUGCGUUUGCCAAGACUGCUGGUUACUUUUUUAAAUGUCCUCUGUGCAAUGAUAGCAAACUGUUUCGACAACGUCUGGCUUACAAAAGUAUUUUCAUUCCAGAUAGGGAUGCAGCAUGGGAGUUAGAACCGAAUGCUUAUGCUGAACUCCUGGAGAGGCCAAGUUCAUGUUCAGCUGAAAACUGCCGCUCUGAAGGGGGACGAGAGUCAAAAACCAAACGCAAUGAGUUUGUCUUUUGCUCAACUUGUGGUUCUGUUGCUAUUCACCGCCGGUGUAUGAAAACUCAAACCAAGAACUUUUUAUGUAACGAAUGCACAUCAUUCACUGCUGCAAUAAAUAAUUCAUCUGUUGUUAAUAUUAGUGCCACUCAACAAAGUAAUCAUAACGACGAAGAAGAUGAAAACGAAGAAAUUGAUGUUUGCGACGAUUUGGAAGAUGGCCCUUUGAAUAACUCUGAAACUACAAAUGAACUGGAGGAAGACAAAGAGGAAGAAACAAUUAAACCUCUUGGAUUAGGAGUUAAGAACAACAAAUUAGUAGACAAUGGUGAUUCAUCUGAUGGUGAAUCAGAUAACUCUUCGAAUGAAGGCACUGAUAUUGAUGUCGAUGAUAUAAUUCAACCUUUAGGCAUAAUAAAACCCGAGAAAUAUAAAAUCGUUGACUAUAACGUAUUGGAAAGUGAAUUAGAAGAAGAAGUUAUUUCGAACAGAAAGACUCUCAAGCGAACCAAUCGAAUUAUAUCAAGUGACAGUUCAGACAUCCAAACGACAUCUUGCAAACGACAGAAACGUUUACCUUCCAGUGAAACAGAAAGUCUUUUCGAUAGCGGAGCAGAGAGUGAUCGUUCCGGUAGUAGUGGCUAUAAAUGUAACAGCAAGAGCUCUUUAGAAAAUUCAACCAGCGAUUUUUCUCAAAAAUCUGAUCAAAAAGAGGUGGUUUAUGUGAAAAGAUUAAAAAAUUUAGAAAUAGAACAAAGAUGUAACCGCAGAUUCACAUCAUUAAAUGACGGAAUUAAUAAAACUAAAACUAAGAUUAAACCCAAAAGGUGCGUUUCGGACUAUAAGGACACAUUUUCCAAUUUAUCAGAAUAUGAAACAGAUGGCUUUCUUAACACAGUUGCUUAUGAAAGAACUAUAGAGUUAAAAAUAGAAAGACUUUUUAAUGAAGAGCAAACUUCUCAACCAGUUCUUCAAAAGCAUGUCUCUUUUUCAAAUCAAGAAAAUAAAAACUCAUCAUUCAACAAUCCUGCUUCAAGUGAAAUGGUUGAAGACCUUAAAUCUAAGUCCGCAAUAACGAAAAUAUCACCUAUGCGUCUAAGAAGUCGAUCAGAAGAUUAUGAAAAAGAGCAAAGUUCUCCAUUAGUUCAUCAAAAACAUGAUUCUUUUUCGUAUAAGGAAUCAAAAACCAUGCCAUCUAAUAAUUCUGUUUCAAGUGAAAUGGCUGAUAGUGUAAAACCUAUUUCCCCAAUAACGGAAAUUUCACCUAUGCGUUUGAGAAGUCAAUCGGAAGAUUUUUCAAAAAGAGCCCCACGUAUCUCUCGAAGGAGAAGCUGCAACCCAAGUUCAUUGCAAACAAUCACCGAACCGUAUGGAUUGAAACGACUGAACGAGUCGCUAGACUCUGGAUCCUCCAAACGCAGUUGUCUGGAUUCCAUAACUGAUAAUGAGCGUUGUACGCUUACACAAAAUAAUAAUACUACGUCUGUUUAUAAGGACGAAAACAACUAUAAGAAAUCAAUUGGAUUGAAAAAUCAUCGAUCGAGAGGAAGAUCUCCUCUUAUGGCAAACAUCACUGAUGUAUACGCUUACAUGACUCCACCUUAUAUUAAACAGCUGAAGGAUAAGUUUGAUAAAACUAAAACCGCCGAUGAUAUCAUUGAAUUACAAUCUAGUGUGACUGAAGAUGGUAAAGCUUUUGUUAAAAACAAACCAAACCAUUCAAAACGCUCAAACUUUUCACAGUCUAGCAAUUCGGAACAAAGCAAUCAAGAAGACAAUGCCAAUUUAUCAGUAGAAGAGAAAGCAAAUCAAAACGGAACUGCCACAGAUAGAAAUUUGAAUGGCUUUGAUAAUUUGUUUGGAGCAGACAAAUCAAAAAUUAAAAAAAAUAAAACUAAACGCAUUCCUUCCCAAAAGUCUCCGAAAGGAAUAACAAGUCUACCCAGUAAUCAGACAAAGAUUGAAUCAUUUUUCAAGAGAGUUUAAAAAUUGUUGAUAGACUUAGUAAAAAUAAAACACAUAAAUAUAAGUUUUGAAAAUAUAAAAUUAUAGUUUAAAUAAGCUUAGUUUAUAGUUACAUAUUAAACUCAAAUUGCAGUGGCAAUGUCUUUUUUGUUUUGCGAUUAAAUUUAAAAUAUUAUUUAUAGAAUAAAACACUAUUUAACUAUUGUAAAUAAAAUUUUAUUAUAACUUGUUUUGGUUAAUAAUUAUACAUACAUAUAUGAAUUUUUGUUAGAAAUUCAAAUAAAUUAAAGUUUUCAAAAUAUUGGCCUAUAAAAAAGUAA